UCAGAGGACGGGGCUGUGACCCAGACUCCGGAAGUGUCAGGGUGAAAGAGCAGAGGGCUGAGGUGCUUGGUGGGCGCAAGAUGGCGGAUAAAGAAAAGAAGAAGAAAGAGAGCAUUUUGGAUCUCUCAAAAUACAUUGACAAAACAAUUCGAGUAAAAUUCCAAGGUGGUAGGGAAGCUAGCGGAGUCUUGAAAGGAUUUGACCCUCUUCUAAACCUUGUGCUUGAUGGCACUAUUGAAUAUAUGAGAGAUCCAGAUGACCAAUACAAACUAACAGAGGAUACCCGUCAGCUGGGACUGGUGGUUUGCAGAGGAACAUCCGUGGUUCUUAUUUGUCCACAGGAUGGAAUGGAAGCUAUUCCAAACCCUUUCAUUCAGCAGCAGGAGGGCUAACGUUUUCUUGGGACUCACUGAAGCCUCAAGGCUGCAAAUCAUUGGAGAUAAUGAACAGCGUAUGAGAAACCUUCCCAUUUUGGGGAAUAGAUUUUGUUUUUUUUUGUU